UGCAGCAUCUGUUGUCUCUAGUCGCCGGGUCACAGUGACCGUAAGGAACAGGUCUAAGAGAGAAGUUUGGGUGAGGCGCGGAACUCCCCUUGCCCAUGUAUUCCCAGUGUCCUUAGUGCCACAACUUACCACAGAGCAGCCACCCGAGCAAAAUACUUUGACCCCUGCCUCUUUCAAUUUUGGAGAUUCUACCAUGCCUGAAGAGGCCAAACAAAGAUUAUGUGAUAAAAUGAUGCAAAGAAAGGAAGUGUUUUCUCUACAUGAGUGGGAUGUGGGCUGUUCAAAAAGCACCACUCAUGAGAUAAGGUUAAAUGAUUCCCGCCCCUUUAGAGAAAGAUCUCGCCGUCUUGCCCCUGCUGACUUCGAAGACGUGCGACAGCACCUACGAGACCUGCAGAGUAGUGGCAUUAUAUCCGAGUCCCGUAGCCCCUACGCAUCGCCCAUUGUCGUGGUCCGCAAAAAGUCAGGGAAAGUUAGGAUGUGUGUGGACUAUCGGACUCUCAACCAACGGACUAUACCAGACCAAUAUACUGUGCCCCGCAUUGAGGACGCCCUCCAUAGUCUUUCUGGAAGUAGAUGGUUCACUGUUCUUGACUUAAGAAGUGGGUACUAUCAGAUACCCUUGAGUGAUGCUGACAAGGAGAAGACUGCGUUCAUUUGUCCAGUGGGGUUCUAUGAAUUUGAGCGUAUGUCGCAGGGAAUCAGUGGGGCCCCAGCCACUUUUCAAAGAGUCAUGGAACGCACUGUAGGGGAUAUGAACUUUUUGGAAGUGCUCGUAUACUUGGAUGAUCUAAUCAUUUUUGGACGAACCUUAGAGGAACAUGAAGAACGCCUUUUGAAAGUUCUUGACAGAUUGAGAGAUGAGGGACUAAAGAUUUCCCUAGACAAGUGUCAAUUUGGCAGGACUUCCGUAAAAUAUGUAGGGCAUAUUGUGUCAAAGGAUGGAAUAUCCACGCCUGAUCCUUCAAAGACUGAAGCUGUGGUAUCCUGGCCUAAGCCCCAGACAAUGACAGAGCUCAGAUCUUUUCUGGGGUUUUGUGGAUAUUACAGGCGUUUUGUAAGGGAUUUCGCAAAAUUGUGCCGACCUCUAAAUGAAUUGCUGCAGGGGUACCCCUCUUCUGCUGCAAAGAAGAGAAACCGAAAUUCACCUGUGAGUAACCCGCAGCCCUGUUUUAAGCCAUCUGAACCAUUUGGAUCUCGAUGGACUGCUCAGUGUGAUAAAGCCUUCCAAACCCUAAAGAACUGUCUGACUCAAGCUCCAGUGCUGGCAUUUGCGGAUGCACAAAAGCAGUAUGUAUUGCAUGUGGACGCGAGUAUGGAUGGACUUGGAGGAGUUCUGUAUCAAGAACAUCAGGAAGGAUUUCGCCCAGUAGCUUUCGUUAGUCGUAGCCUUUCCCCUUCCAAGAGGAACUAUCCAGCUCAUAAGCUGGAGUUUUUGGCUUUGAAAUGGGCUGUUGUGGAUCGACUGCAUGAUUAUCUUUACGAUCCUUUUGAGGUUAGAACUGACAACAAUCCUCUAACAUAUAUAUUAAAAUCAGCAAAACUUGAUGCUGCUGGUCACCGUUGGUUGUCUGCCCUGUCAACUUACAACUUUAAUUUGAAAUACAGACCUGGGCGCCGGAAUGUUGAUGCAGAUGCAUUGUCUAGGCGUCCACAUUCUUGUCUAAGUACUGAUGAUGAGUGGCAGGAAAUUCCAGCUGCAGGGGUGAGGGCUCUUGACAUGCGAGCGCUGCAUAAAAGGAAAACGUUACCUCAACGAGCUGCUCCGUUGUCCCACAUGCAGAGUACAGGACCCAUGGACCUGGUAUGUAUCGAUUUUCUCUCGAUUGAAGCUGAUUCCCGCAAUGUGUGUAAUGUUUUGGUAGUCACUGACCAUUAUACGCGUUAUGCGCAGGCGUUUCCUACGCGUGACCAAAAAGCUUCUACCGUGGCAAAGACUUUGUGGGAAAAGUAUUUCAUUCAUUAUGGUCUUCCAAAUCGCAUACACUCAGAUCAAGGCAGGGAUUUUGAGAGCCAGUUGGUGGUUGACAUGCUGACUAUGCUAGGAGUGAAGAAAUCUAGAACCUCACCUUAUCACCAAGGUGAUCCCCAACCAGAAAGAUUUAACAGGACCCUGUUGAAUAUGCUGGGCACUCUUGAGCCUAGUCAGAAAAUUAGAUGGAGUCAGCACAUAGCCCAGUUGGUGCAUGCGUACAACUGUACUUCCAAUGAAGCUACUGGUUUCUCCCCCUAUUUUCUGAUGUUCGGCAGAGAGGCUAGAUUGCCUGUUGAUGUUUCUUUUGGUGUCUCUGCUGAUAAUACAUCACCUGAGUCAUACUCUAAGUAUGUGUCCAAAAUGAAGCAGGAAUUACAGACCGCCUAUCAGUUAGCUCGAGAUGUCUCUGAAAAGAUGAAUCAGAGUAAUAAAGCAAGGUAUGAUCAAAAAGUUCGCUAUCAUAGCUUAAAUGUGGGUGACAGGGUUCUGAUUCGAAACCUAGGCCUCAAGGGAAAACACAAGCUCGCAGAUAGAUGGAGCUCAAAUCCUUAUGUAGUGGAGAGUAAAUUGUCUGGUAUUCCAGUGUAUCACUUAAAGCCUGUUGAUGGUAAUGGACCAGUCAAAGUCAUGCACCGCAAUAAUCUCUUGCCUUUGGGACAGGAAGUGAGGUUAAGUGCUCAGGUAGAUAUUAGCCCUACUCCAUCACCUCGAGCUUUGAGGCGUAGGAGAGCAAAAGAGGAGCGUAAAGCUGCGCAGUCAGAUAACUCACUGCUUGAAAUUGAGGCCCUUCCAAAAGAAGGUCAUUCUUCAGAUUCAGAGUCUGAAUUUGGGUUUUAUGCUGAGGACGUCUCAAACCUUCUUUCUCAGAGGACAGAGGAGAUGCAGAAUGAAUAUCCCGUACAAAAUGAAGAAGAUUUAGGAACUGGUGAAGCUCACACUGUUACAGAAAUUAUGGUACAGUCUGAUGUUCAGCUGGUGGCUGAAGAUAGCGAUACUGAAGUAGUUGAUGAUGUGGUCGAAGUUCAUGACAGCACCUUACAGACUGCGGUUCCUACUAAUAAUGAAACUCAGGCAGAGGUUGUACCUCCUGAAGUACGUAGAUCAGGUAGGGAGAGAAGAACUAAUACCAGAUUUACCUAUGAUAAGAUGGGUGUGCCAUGCAUACGGUCUGUAUCCUCUCAAUACUGUGGUAUUCAAGUAACAGAUUCUGGAAUACCAAAAGUUUCUGGGGGUUAUAAUAGCUCUCAUGUUUGGUGGUAUAAACCUAAAAAUGUAACAAUCUGCCUCUAUUGA